AUGCUUGGAUCGUAUCACGUUGUUGUAGUUUCGCCGUCCGCGGAAUCACAACAACCCAAGCAUUCGUCGGAAGCGGCAGCAUCGGCAGGAGCGGCGGCGGCGCGGACGGGUUCGGCCAGCGCGCCGUCACCGACAGCAGCAUCGGCGGGAGCGGAGGUGGUGCGGACGGCUUCGGCCAGAGCACCGUCCCCGACAGCAGCAUCGGCGGUGGCGGCAUCGGUGACGGGGGGAACGGCAGCAGCAGCAGCAGCGGCGGGGUCCACGGUCGCCGCGUUGGCGUUGGGUGUCCAGACGGCCGCAGCGGCGGCGGUAGCGACAUCGGUGAUGGGGGUAACGGCAACGGCGACAGCAGCAGCGGCGUCCCCGAUCGCCGCGUUGGCGUUGGGUGUCCAGACGGCCGCAGCGGCGGCGGUAGCGACAUCGGUGAUGGGGGUAACGGCAACGGCGACAGCAGCAGCGGCGUCCCCGAUCGCCGCGUUGGCGUUGGGUGUCCAGACGGCCGCAGCGGCGGCGGUAGCGACAUCGGUGAUGGGGGUAACGGCAACGGCGACAGCAGCAGCGGCGUCCCCGAUCGCCGCGUUGGCGUUGGGUGUCCAGACGGCCGCAGCGGCGGCGGAGCGGCGGCGGCACCGCAGCGAGGACAGCGGCGGCGAUGGGAGCGGGGACAAGGGGUUGGAUGAAAUAUGGAGUGGGGCCCCGACGCACCCUUUCGACCCCGGGAAGGCUGAGGGGGACGUGAGCAGCAGCAGCACCGGCAGCAGCAGCGAGGAAAGCGGUGGGGCAGGAACGGGAGUGGCAGCUCCGGCGGUGGCAACGGCGGCAGCCGCAGCAGCGACGGGAGUGGCGGCUUCGGCCAGAGCUCCGGCGGCGACACCGGCGGCAGCAGGAGCAGCGACGGGAGUGGUGGCUUCGGCCAGAGCUUCGACGGCAGCCGCAGACGGCAGCGGCGGCUUCGGCCAAAGCCUCGUCGGCGGCAGCGGCGACAACGGCGGCGGUGGUAGAGGCGGCAGCAGCGACGUCACCGGCAGCCGUGUUGGCGCUGGAACUCAUGACGGUCGUGGCGGUGGGGGAACGGCAACGGCGGCGAUGGCAGCGGCGGCAGCAGCGGUUGCGCCCUCGAGUCGACCGGGAACGGGGAGGACACGGUGACAGCGACGACCUCACCUUGUUACAGCCAAGUGGGAGAACAUGUGAAACGUUUACGACAUUGUUCGGUUUUGUGAGCAGGCAUGUACGUUUUAGCUUCGCCAUUUGGCUUCGCAUUUAUUGUUUUGUUCUGUUUUUCCCUUGCUAGCGCACCGUGCACUUUGAUGCAGAAAACACGUGUAUGCCACGGCGUGUGCGUAAGUUUUUUU